AUGCACAGCUGGACGUGGGAUCCACACAGCUCAGAACAGUUGGAUCUUGCUCAGUCUCUGUCAGAGGAAGAUCCCUUGUCAAGCCUGAGGGGCAGUAUCCAGCCUCGACCCCCAGCAGAGGCAGACAAGGGUGGGAGCCAGGCCAACAAUGAACCAGGAGCAUGGGAUCCUGGAUGCAUCUCAUCACAAAUAUUGGGCAGGACAAGAGGACCCUGCCUUGGUGUGACAGUGAGGGAAGAGGAAGCUGGAGCGGGGGUUAAGAAAAACAUUCCAGUCUGGACAGUGACUGGAGAGCUCCAAGGAAAGCCCCUCGGUAACCCGGCUGCUGGCACCAUGAACCCAGAGAGCAGCAUCUUUAUUGAGGAUUGCCUUAAGUAUUUCCAGGAAAAAGUGAGCAGAGAGAAUCUGCUACAACUGCUGACUGACAAUGAAGCCUGGAACAGAUUUGUGGCUGCUGCUGAACUGCCCAGGGAUGAGGCAGAUGAGCUCCGUAAAGCUCUGAACAAGCUUGCACGUCACAUGGUCAUGAAGGACAAAAAUCGCCACGAUAAAGACCAGCAGCACAGGCAGUGGUUUUUGAAAGAGUUUCCUCGGUUGAAAAGGGAGCUUGAGGAUCACAUAAGGAUGCUCCGUGCCCUUGCAGAGGAGGUUCAGCAGGUCCACAGAGGCACCACCAUCGCCAAUGUGGUGUUCAACUCUCUUGGCACUACUGCUGGCAUCCUGACCCUCCUCGGCCUGGGUCUGGCACCUGCCUCUGGAGGAGCCAGUCUUAUGCUCACGAACACUGGCCUGGGUUUGGGAACAGCAGCUGCUGCGGGUGGGAUUGCCAGCAGUGCGGUGGAACUAGUAGAGAAUUGGCGGGCACGAACCCAAGCCUGCAACUUGGACCAAAGAGACACUGAUGUAACAAAGAUGACGAAGGAGUUUGCGUUUGGGAACGCACCCAACGCUCUUACCUUACUUAACAAUGCUUACGAAGCCACACGAAGGAUUGGGAGGGACAUCGGAGCCAUCAGACAAGCCAGAGCCAACUCUCAGUUAGGAGCGUACACCCCACCCCCCCAGGUCAUUGGGCGAAUCUCAGCUGAAGGCAGUGAACAGGUUGAGAGGGUUGCUGAAGGCCCCGCCCUGGCAAUUAGCCAAGGAAACAUGAUCUUGGGUGCAGCCACUGGAGGCAUCUUUCUUCUGCUGGAUGUGGUCAGCCUUACAUAUGAGUCAAAGCACUUGAUUGAGGGGGCAAAGUCAGAGUCAGCUGAGGAGAUGAAGAAGCGGGCUCAGGAGAUGGAGGGGAAGCUCAACUUUCUCACCAAGAUCUAUGAGAUGCUGCAGCCGGACCAAGACCAGUGACCCCAGAGCAGUGCAGCCACCAGGGGAGAAAUGCCGGGCACAGGCCAGGACAAAAUGCAGAUUUUUUUUUUUUUUGAGACGGAGUCUUGCUCUAUCGCCCAGGCUGGAGUGCAGUGGCACAAUCUCGGCUCACUGCAAGCUCCGCCUCCUGGGUUCACACGAUUCUCCUGCCUCAGUCUCCCGAGUAGCUGGGACUACAGACACCUGCCACCAUGACCGGCUAAUUUUUUGUAUUUUUAUUGGAGAUGGGGUUUCACUGUGUUAGCCACGAUGGUCUCGAUCUCCUGACCUCGUGAUCUUCCCACCUCGGCCUCCCAAAGUACUGGGAUUACAGGCAUGAGCCACUGUGCCUGGCCAAAAUGCAGACGUUUUUAUUAGGUGGAUAAACAGGGUGAGGUAAAGUUUAUGGAACUGAGUGUUAGUGACUUUGGCAUUUCUGUAGCUGACCACAGCAAGGGAGGGGUUAAUGCAGAUGGCAAGUGCACCAAGGAGAAGGCAGGAACGCUGGAGCCUGGAAUAA